CUCAGCACUGUUCUAGUGGCGGAGUGAGAGAAGUGCUGCCGUGGUGAAACACUGAACUUUAGAAGAAAAUGGCAGUGUUUUGCAGAUCUGCCGUUUCAAUUUUGAAACCCAUCAAUUUACUGCCGUCUGCACUUGCAGCUGUUCGACAAUGCAGCUCAGGUGGACAGUAUCAGUAUAUACUGGUUGACAAAAAAGGUGAUAAGAAGAAUGUUGGUUUCAUACAAUUAAACAGGCCCAAGGCCUUGAAUGCUCUUUGUGAUGGCCUAAUGCUUGAAGUGGGUAAGGCCAUGGACCUCUUCGAACAGGAUACUGAGGUUGGUGCAAUAGUCAUCACAGGCAGUGAACGAGCUUUUGCAGCGGGUGCUGACAUCAAAGAGAUGCAGAACAGAACUUUUCAGGAGUGCUUUGGUGGCAACUUUUUGGCACACUGGAACAAAGUAUCACAUGUUAAAAAGCCAGUUAUAGCUGCUGUAAAUGGAUUUGCUCUUGGUGGAGGGUGCGAGCUGGCCAUGAUGUGUGACAUAAUCUAUGCUGGAGAAAAGGCACAGUUUGGACAGCCAGAAAUCUUAUUAGGGACCAUUCCAGGUGCUGGUGGUACUCAGAGGCUAACUCGGGCAGUAGGAAAGUCACUGGCCAUGGAGAUGGUCCUUACAGGAGACAGGAUUUCAGCACAGGAUGCCAAACAAUCUGGUCUUGUAAGCAAAGUGUUUCCUGUGGACCAGCUGGUAUCUGAAGCAAUCAAAUGUGGGGAGAAAAUUGCAAGUAAUUCUAAGCUGGUGUCAGCCAUCGCAAAGGAAGCUGUCAAUGCAGCUUUUGAACUGUCCCUAAAUGAAGGCAAUCGGUUUGAGAAGAGAUUGUUUCAUGCCACCUUUGCUACAGAGGACAGAAAAGAAGGCAUGAGUGCAUUUGUUGAGAAGAGGAAAGCUGAUUUCCAGGACAAGUAAAGGAUCAGAUCAGAAGAGUGUGUAUUUAAAUACACUAAUAUAUUAGCUUGUGAUCCAGUGCUGUUACUGAAAGACUGCUAACAAAACAUUUAAUCAUUUGAUCUGAGCUGUUUUGGUACUGUUAUUAAAUAAACUCUGAUCAACUCAAA